UCAGACCCAGGCCCCCAGCCCCUCCUCCCUCAGGCCAAGGUUCCUGAUCCCCAACCUUGGUUUUUUUGUCUCUUCCCAAUCUGUUCAUUGCUCUCUGCCCUCGGUUUACCAAGGCCGUAUAUUUCGGGAAAUGAAAUCAUUAAUUUUAUCUCUCGGCCUUAUUGGGUGGAGCCAACCCCAGCUCCCCAAGCUCCACUCCUGCCAUGCUCCCCCUUCUCUCCUCGACCCAGGAAAGACGGUUGGGGUGACCUUCGUGACAGCCCAGCCUAACGCCUGCCCCUCCUUCCCAUGCAAGGGUGACUCAUGGGGCGGGGGACCAGCCGCUCCUCCCAGCCCCGAGGCCUCACUGGGUGGAGGAGUGGUUGAGAGGCUGACGCCAUUCUCUCUGGGUUCCCUCCAGGGCCUGUGCAGCUGGACAGGGGCCAGGGCGGCCGCCCCCAACCCAGUGAGGAACCUGAGAGUGGAGGCUCAGACCAACAGCUCCAUCUCCCUGAGCUGGGAAGUCCCCAAUGGCCCAGACUCACAGAACUGCACCUACUGGGUUCAGUGCACUGGAGAUGGUGGCAGAACAGAGACUCAAACCACGAGAGACACCAGAGUCACCGUGGAUGGGCUUGGACCUGGGUCAUUGUAUAUGUUUUCUGUGUGGGUGGAGAAAGACGGAGUAAAUAGCUCUGUGGAGAAUGUCACUAGUGCCACAGCUCCCAACCCAGUGAGGAACCUGAGAGUGGAGGCUCAGACCAACAGCUCCAUCGCCCUGACCUGGGAGGUCCCCGAUGGCCCAGACUCACAGAACUGCACCUACUGGGUUCAGUGCACUGGAGAUGGUGGCAGAACAGAGACUCGAACCACAAGAGACACCAGAGUCACCGUGGAUGGGCUUGGACCCGGGUCAUUGUAUACGUGUUCUGUGUGGGUGGAGAAAGACGGAGUAAAUAGCUCUGUGGAGAAUGUCACUAGUGCCACAGCUCCCAACCCAGUGAGGAACCUGAGAGUGGAGGCUCAGACCAACAGCUCCAUCGCCCUGACCUGGGAGGCCCCCGAUGGCCCAGACCCACAGAACUCCACCUACUGGGUUGAGUACACUGGAGAUGGUGACAGAAUGGAGACUCGAAGCACAGCAGACACCAACAUCACUGUGGAUGGACUUGAACCCGGGUCUUUGUAUGCGUUUUCCGUGUGGGUGUGGAAGAAUGGAAUGAACAGCUCCAGGGAGACUCAAAAUGCCACCACAGUUCCCAACUGUGUCACAUACUGA